CAGUAUAUUUAAUCUGUUGUUUGGUUGUUUGUGUUUUGUUUUGUUUUUGGAAGAAGUUUUGACACGCGAUGAGCAAUUUGAAGCAGGACCUGGACGAAUAUCUGCUGCUGCAGAGCGAUCAGAAGAAGAAUUUCAAUGUAAAGAUGCCACAGCUGAAGGUGCCCAGCCUGGGGGGCAUCUUUUCGCGCCAGACAGAGCCCCAGGAGGCCAACAGUUGGCUGAAGGACACACAGGACUCGUGCUGCCCCAAGCUGUCCCGCCUGCAGCGCAUAGUUGGCUUCGUGGCGUGCCUGGGCAUGGGCGGUCUCUGCAUGACGCUCUCCACCUUCUACAUUCCGGUGCUGAUCCUCAAGGCGCGUAAAUUCGCGCUGCUCUACACACUGGGCAGCCUCUUCUUCAUUCUGGCCUUUUGCUUUCUCUCUGGCUUCGGGGCCUUCCUCAAGCAGAUGUUCUCCAAGCCGCGGCUGCUCUCAUCGAUCUCCUACAGCGUCUGCCUGGUGCUGACCCUCUACUGUGCUCUGGUGGCCAAGAGCACAGCCUUCACAGUGUUGUUUGCUGUUGCCCAGAUCAUUGCGUUGCUUUUCAUGGUCCUGGGCAUGGUGCCGGGUGGUGCCACAGGCUUGAAAUUCUUUGGACAGCUCUUCAAGAGCAGCGUCUCUGCCUCAACGAGUGCUUUGCCGGUGUGAAAGAAUGACAUAGGCGCCAUAGCCCCGCGCACACAACGAUAUAAUUUAUUUAACCUUACGAU